GAAGUGCGCUCUCGACGGAUGCUCUCGAUACCCAGAUUGUUGUUCGGUGUGAAGAAGCCAAUAGAGUUUUAAUUACUCGGAAUAUAGCGCGCGCGUCGGUGUUGCAUUGGCCUGCUGUGAUCAUCAUCUGCCCAGCGAAGGCUGAAUAAGUGGUGCGGUGAUAGCCAAUUUUAAGCAAACGUAUCAAAGUAAUCAGUGACAGUGGAGGAAAACGGAAGAUUCAGAAACAUGUUAAAUUGUGCAGAUUUAGUGCAAUUCGACCAAUACAGUUUGCAGCUGUAUAACUAUGCUAUGGUGGAACGGUUUCGAACUAACCAGUUUUUUAACUAUGGAAAUAUAGUGACGGAUCCGAGGACGCUGUCCCGAUUUUUCAAACCAUCCGUGUAUGCCAGCAAUCCGGCGGACGUUGUACCAAAUGCUUUACUAGCCGACGCUAGUAAACUGUCAUCAGCUCCAAAACCACAAUACAGCUACAUCGGGCUGAUUGCGAUAGCUAUUCUAAGCUCACCGGAGCGAAAACUAGUCCUAUCGGACAUCUAUCAGCACAUACUGGACAACUAUAGUUACUUUCGGAGUCGUGGUCCCGGUUGGCGAAAUUCCAUUCGACACAAUCUAUCGUUGAACGAUUGUUUUAUCAAAGCCGGUCGAUCCGCUCACGGCAAGGGCCACUACUGGGCCGUUCAUCCGGCAAACGUAGAAGACUUUCUGAAGGGAGAUUUCCGUCGGAGAAAAGCUCAACGCAAAGUCCGACGCCACAUGGGACUCACCUCGGACGACGAUAUUUUCGACAACAGCUCACCAAGACAAUUUUUCCCUGCGAUACCGUCGUCUCCGGUGUUGAACCAGGCUGGAGCCUACAUGCCAACGGCAACGGAACCACUAGCGCAAGCCGCCGUUGCAGCGGCCGCCGUUUGCGCCUAUCCAUCGGCCAUCGAACAGCAUCAGGUGGCCAUCAUUAAGGGUGCGAUGGAAAGUUUCUCCCGUAAGCGUCAGUUCGAUGUAGAAUCCCUGCUGAAACCAGAUGAUGCGAGCUCCUCAUCCAGCUCGCAGUACGAACAGCUGCUGGAAAAGAAACGGAGGACAGUGACGACGACGACGACUACGUCGACGGAGACACCAGGAUUGUUACUACCACCGCUGGCACACCAUCACGGUCAUCCGUUGGCGGCGUUCGGUUCGCUGGUACCCAAAGUGCUACCCAAGCAGACCUAGAGAUGAGUGUGUAGUAGUAGUAGUAGCAGCAGCUGUCGUAGUUCUUAGUAGAGUAGAUACACGUUGUAGUUUGUAUAGGAAUUUCUUAACUUUAAACAGAUAAAAAAAUCAACACCGCUGACUGUAACCUAACUGUGACCUAUUGAUGCGUAAGCAACAAAAAAUGGACGAAGAAACAGGGUAUGCCAAUAUGUUUGUGUUUUUUUCAUGGUUUUGAUGACUUUUGGGAAUAAUUUUGCUGGUGAAUUGGAACGGAUUUUGUUUCAUAUUUGAAAAAUUCCUCAUUUUAAAACAAUGCUGAAUUAAACAAGAAAGUGAAGAACAUCAAAGGGCUCAAGUUGUUUACUUGUGGGACCUCUGAGCUAACAAUUAGAAAUAUUCAACAUAGCGUCGUAAUGCAGAAUAAGGCCGAUUGUCUCAACGCUUGUUUCAUUAUUCUAGAACAGUAUUUUGUAGAUUCAUAUUUUACGGUUCGCCGAUUUUGUUGGAAUUCACUUAAAUAGGAUUUAGCAUGGGCAUGAUGACGAUACGAUUAGUAGUUACUAUUGUGUGAUUGACCAGAACCCGGAACUUUCCACUGAUUAGAUUUCCAUUUUCAUCGUUCAUGUUUCGAGUAGAGCGACUUUUCGCAAAAGGUUUUCAAUUUUGCGGGAUUCGGGAAAUAAAUAAGAAAAAAAUCGUCUACAUUUAAUUAUGUCAUGUAAUAUUUCAAUUAUUCGAAUCGAUUUUUUGUUGUUGUAAAAGUCAUGCUUGUAUCAAAUCACUCAAAUUCUGCAAGCUUUGGGACAUCAUAAUAGUUUGAACAGUCCUCCAAACUUUAGAGAAUCUUAAAAUCUGAUAAUUUCCACAAAGUUCCGAUCGAUUCUACACCAACAAAUUCGAAAAAAUUUCGUUAAACUUCAAUGAACUGUAUGAACUUCAGGGACAAUCGUCGAGCUUACGGACUCUAGAAAGUCGUACAGAAUUUAAGGAAAUUCUUCUACUUUUUGGCAUCAGACUUAAUGCGUUUUCCGGGUAUUUAGACUGUUGAUAUUCAAGAACAUAAAGCAAGGUUCCGUGGUCUAUACGCUUUUGGAGAAUGUCUACUAAGUUCAGGGAAUUUCGAUGAACUCAAUCCAAACCCUACAGACUUCCGGGAAUAUUAGAGAUCCUACAAAAUUCAAAAAUAUCCGAUAAAUUUAGAUAAAUCUAACGAUCAAAAUUUAGCUAAACAAGAAUGCGUGUGGAUUUUCAUUAACACUUAAUGAUCUUUUUCCGCCACAUCCAACCUAAACAGUAUGAAGCAAUCUUUUUGCAUCCGGAAAAGCACCAGACGUCUUUCCUAGAAGCUCCUUCAGGUGAAUUUCCUGCUUGAUGGUCCCGGUUGUAAUGAAAAUGUCGCUUUUCAAGCCACAGAUACAGAUAGCCUGCCAAACCAGAUAUUUCUUUACGAACGUUGACAGUUUCAAAUGUCUGGUACCUUCCCCGUUUCGUUUACCACUUUUGACGAUUACGCUGACUCGACGUGUGAGUAGCUCGGGUUUUCGAUGCGCGACGAAAACUCUGAUUCGGUGCUCAUCUAGCUUAGGCGUCAUUUUUAUAACUAAAUGAUUUAAAUUCGAAGGAUGUUUAGUCUACUGUUAGGCAGUUCUGCUGGAUUGUAGGAGAUCGCUUGUGAAUCAAAUGACAUAAAAACCAUGAAACAAAGAAGGUUGUCUGAUUCUGUCAUCUAUACAAUAUUUUUCGUGUUCUAAUCCUUGAAAAACACAAUUUGAUUCUCAUCGUUCUAUAAAGAAAAUACAGGUUCCAAAAUAGACCAUUGCCGUAAAAUCUCCUGGGGCUUUCGAUACAGUCCAGAUGGUAUCUAGUGGCAAAUCACUCAAAAUCACUGAUUAUUUUUGAACUAUUUCCAAAACCGGUAAGAUAUACUCUUACAAAAUCUACGACCACAUGCAAAGUAAGAUGCUUCCUUGCAUGAAAUGUAAGAAGCUUUCUGAGAAGGGAAUGCCAGGAAAUAAUAAGACAUGGCGAAUGAAAAUUUUUUUAACGUAGGUCACCCAGAAUGUCCGAUCAGGUCGAUGUUGGAACGAAUUGAACCGAUGUCGAGCCAAUGUCCGGCGGAAUAUAGAAACAGUAUAGGUAUCUCAAUCAGGAAUCAUGAUAUAAUGGCUCAAAAGGCACGUUUUCUGACUUCCUAAAAAUGUGUGGAACUUUCCAUGAACUUAGCCGUAGUUCAGAGAACUUUAUUAUUUAUUUAUGAACGUUUUAAACCACAAGGUCGUUCUCGUUCUUGGAAAUAACUUCAUUUCAAGAUAUGAACUUCAAUUCAAGAAUAAAAAACGAAUAUUAUUGUUGCCGUCCAUCCUGGGCGCACUGCUCUCCGCUUCAUGUGUGGAUUCUUUGCUGCUAGUACGAACGUACCGUUUCGUUCAUGUCGUCGUCCCUAGAGCAGCUUUGAUUUUCACUGUUGGCUGUUUGAUGCUCUGUGUUUUCGAGUGCCUGGUAUAGCCUACUUCAAUUUAUUUAAUUAUUCGGUAUUAGUGUUGAUUGUAGUAGUUGAAAAUUCUCUACUUGUCUGCUUACAGCACUGGCACAAGCAUGUCUGCCAGGUUACGUGCAUGAGAUUAUUUGGCAUCGAACGUCAGGUAAGAAAGAUUAGGUUCGUUCAGCCGCAUUCACCACUCGAACACCAUUGAAAAUGCCAGGCAAAACAAUCUUCCGAGUGUUGUCUGUGACGGAUUCCGUUGCUCCAUAUUUUGACAUGAAUCUUUUAAUGUAAUCGUUUUUUCGAUUAUAGAGGUUUUAACUUUAGGGUCAUUCGUUUAUUUUUCGGGUUAGAAAAAUCUCUAACCAUAUGUGCGGGGUCGGAUUUCGAAAUCAGGUGAGCUGCGUACAAAGUAUUCGAUAUACUAACCAAUCCCAUCCAUUAAAAAGUAACCUGAGCUAGUGCGCGAUGUCAAAUCGUGUAGGCGAAUUUCCGUCAUAUCGUUGUCCACGUGCAAAGGGAUCUUGGUUUUGCCAUUUUCAUAUUCAACGUAGUGUUGCACGUUGGUCUACACUACGAGGCAAUUGAAUGUUAUAAGUACUACAUUACGAGUUUGAUGCAGUUGUAUGUGUGACACUUCCGUAAGCACAAACUCCAUUUGCAGUCUUCAUUAGCUAUUCCACGUAGGUCUAGGAUGGGUCUGCGGAAAAUAAAUUGUGAUUGUGACUCAUUUCACUCACAGUAGGGGGCAACGGAACUUUGCUGUUUCUGUAGUGUAUACGUAGUUGAGCGGCGCGGAUACAAUUUGUUCGUUUGUAUGCUGUUAACACGCGGUAUGAUUUAUGCUUCUGGUCUGUGCGAGAUGAGAAAGCAGACUGUUCGUAAAACAUCUCGCAAGAUAGUAAAACCAAACUGAGUUAUAUUUUUUUCCUAAUUUGGCACUUGCAGCUUGAUGAAACUUUCGAUGAAAGUAACUGAAACUUCUCGGACAUUUUUAGGAUUGCCUUUAGGUUGGAGAAGGACAACUCCGAAAUUUGCAGAACUAAUCUUUAGUAUUUAGUCGUAGAAACUCCUGCCACAAAUUGGUAGGCUUUCACUGAGUUUCGUCCGUACGGUUGCUUUCGAUUAAGUUCUCCAAAGUCGAAAUUCGACAGACUAUGUAUGUAUCAGUCUGUAUCGAAAAUAAAUUAUCAUCAUAUUUUUAUUUCUAAUCAUAUAAAAAAUUAAAUUUCAUUCAAACGAAUGUUUGAUCCCUUAUUAUACGAGAUUGAACUUGAAUUGUGAAGACCAGGGGAAAUUAAUAUUACUACUUAACAAAUUUUCGAAUUUUUGUUUGAACACUUAUAAUCAACUUCCGAACAAAUGACUCAUAACAUUUUUUGAACUCCAGCAUUAGAGUGGUCCAAAAAGUGAUUUUCUUGCCGAUAAUGCCGCAACCAGAACUUAAAGAUAUACGCAAAAACAAGAAAUUUAAGCUGUCUCUUUUAUUAAAAUUUCAAUCGGAAUCACUGGCACAAGUCACGGCAAAUAUUGCCAUUUUUACUGUUUUAUUUCAAAAGUUUUAUUUUAAUAAAAUAUAUAAUAAAGUGGUAUUUUUUGUAUAAAUCCGGUCAAACAGUGGACUCUCAAAUCGAUAGAUUUAUAGUUCUGGUAUUGUAGAAAAUGGUACAUUUUAAACUACAAACACAUAUUGCUUGCCAUACCUGAACUUUUGACACAAUGUUUCCUUGCUGUCCGCCUCUCUUGCAUCCUCUUUACGACAGCAGCAUAGCAUUAUGAACCUGCAUGGGUUUUCUUUUGUUCUGCAAUUUUCCUCUCAUUAUAGGUCUUCAGGUUGUACUGUUUCUUGAUACAUUGGAUUAUUUCAAAGUUCUCUACCGCUUUAUUGGCCAAAACACGUAUCGACAUUGAAUUAUUCUUCCUAAUUCGAGAUACCACUUUCUGGUCCAGUUUCGGGUUUUCUGAAUCUUAUUAGCAUUUGAACCAAAGACUAAUUUAUGAUGGAUUUUACACUCGCUCAUUAGCUUCUGUACAACAUCUGGCUGCAGUUUCUUCUGUAGUACAAAGCUAGAUCCGGCCAGAAGAUCUAGGACCCUCGUGUUGCUGCGACGAAGGUGGCAGACGCUUCUGUAAACACUCAUUGAGGUAGAACUUCUGGUUUACAGUCCCGGUAGCCACGAACGGCACACUCCGUUUGCCACAUGAACAGAUCGCUUGCCAAAUCAUGUAUUUAUUGGCAAACUUUGCAAGUUUCUGCUUACUUACUUCCUCCGGAACAUUGUGCUGGGCGAUGAAGAACAGUAGCUGCGGAAGCUGCCGAAAGGCCGGAUUGACGUAAGUCGCAUCAUCCAUGAUGGGCCAAAGAGGGUUCGUCAGCAUCUAGGUGUACCGUAUUUUGCCGUUCGUCACGAUUUGAAGCAUUCUGUCAUUUGUAGGUAUACAGUUCCUUGGCUCUCUGAACGAAAGACUUGGACAGAUUCAACUUUUAGGUCACAUCCCUGACCGAAGCAUUGGGAUUCCGCUUAAACACUUUCACUACACGUUUGUGGUCCUGAUCACUAAUAGAACAUUCUGACCGCAUUUCUUCUUCCGGUAGAUGCUCAGAGUUUGGUAGUGACGUUGUUCCCAGUUGUUUUUCGAUGUCCCGAUGAAAGAGUUGAGGAUUUUCCGAUAAUCAAUUCACGACGUUGGUUUUCGGGGGACGCCAUUUUUUCCGAUUUGCGAAAAACUGACAGUGUAAACAAUACACUCUAAACUACUUCUACCCAAAUUUUCAAGAGAAAUCACCCAAUGGGUUAUUUUCUACAGCGUUUUUUCCGUGAUACAAUAUUAUGUGGGACACCCUUUAGUUACACCCUUUUGACUUGACCAAAGCCUUUUUUGGUGGAUUACAACGGGGUAAACAGAUCGAAAUGGUGAGUUUGACGAAAGCAAUUGUGACAAAAUUCCCCCAAGAGACAUGAUUCGAACCUGCAACCCUUGGGACUCCGGCCCAAUGCACAAACCCUUAUGCUAUCCCUGGGCUAUGAUAACGCCGGGGUUCUUAUCGUCGUAUGAUAUCUGAUUUUAGUUCAUUACCCAUUGUAUUUCGUUUGGUGGUAGAGCUAAAGGAACUAUCCAUUUCUGGUCCCUUGCCCAAUUAACAGAGGUAUGACGGGAGCGAACCCGCGGUUCAAAUUAAACAAAUUUAUUUUAGGUUUUGUGCAGUGCACAUAUAUUAAAAAAUAUUUUACGUGGAUUUUUGUUUUAUGUGGAUGAAGAAAGGAGAAAUUUUUUCAUGUUUUACUUGAUCAAAGUCUGAAUAUAUUUUUUCAAACUAUAAUAAUAAAUAACUACUCUUUCCCAAUCCACCAAUCCAACAGCAAAACUAUUCAAUAAGUCAAAUGAGUUGUACAUAUUCUACAUUUUCGUAAAUCUCAAAUGAUUACGGAACAUUCUUCAGACGCAAACAAAUUGGCCGACCCUACUGUUAUCAACUAGCGAUCCAAAUCUUUUUAAUUGUAUUCAAUAUAUAUAUGAAAAUGAAAUCAGAUAAUAAAUGUACUUCACAAAAACCAACCAAUCUCCUCGAAACCAAAAUCAACA